GGAUUUAGAUUAAGUUGUUUUAAGAAAGGCAUGUACGAUUACAUGAUGCUUGUUAGAUAUUUGAUGAAAUGGGCUUGUCAAGUUUGGUUGUUUGGAUGAUGCUUGUUAGAUAUUUAAUGAAAUGCCCAAGAGAAAUCUUGUUUGGGUAGAAGUAAUUCCAUAGUUUGUGUAUGGAAUAAGUAUUCUUUUAUUCAGUUAUUCUAUAUAGAUUGUGUAUAAGAAAUUCCAAAAAAAAAAAGAAGAAAAAUAUGUAGUCUGCUACAAGCUCACCGUAUCUAAUUGACUCUGUGUCUGGAAGUCAUAAUGAUAGUCCAGCUCUAGCCACCUUGAGGAAAAGAUGUCUAUCUAAAACAUUUUCGAGUUAGUUAUCUUGGUGUGAUUCUGCCUCAUUGCACAUCUCCAAAUGUAGCCUUAGUGCUUUGUUUGAAGUUUAUGAAUUUGAAUGAAUUAGAGAUAGAGCUCUAGUCCUUUGGCAUCUCUUCUUUUUAAUUUCAGAGAUGGCUGUUUCGGAAGUUGAUAAGAUUGGCGAACUCGAAUCAAUGGGAUUUCCAAUGGCUUGCGCAACAAAGGCACUCCAUUAUUCUGGAUUACAAUUUAUUCAUGCAAAUACAAAGAAACUACUUAAAGAGGAAGAUGGUCGCUGUCCUCGUUGGUUUGCCAUUGUUUUCCCCACCAAGAUCAAGCUAGAUGCCAACUUGUUUCUUGUUGCUUCAAAUGGAGAAAGGCCAUUGCAAGAGCUUCAAGAAAAAAAGCCAAUUGGAGUUCACUGGUGCCCAUUUAGUGGACUGACACGAUUUCCAUCAUCAUUUGAGUAAGCGUCAUUGCCCAUCUAUAUUAGUUCAUAUUCCCAUAUUAGUCCAGAUUAAAGAGGUGAUUCAUGGCACAAGGCUGACUUAAACACGUGUCAUAUUCAUAUUCCCAUAACCAUGUCUUCUCAAUUGUUUUUUUCUUUUUAACAAACAAUCACACCCCACCCCCACACAUGCACUUGUUCAUACCCAGAAGUGAAAUCAUUUCCUAUUGAAGAGUGGGUAGCAAAAUUUGAUUGUGCUAAUUGUUUUAAUUCUCUUAAUCUAAUUUUUAAGCUAAUUUUUGUAGGUUGAUUUUUAUUAUCUUUCAUUGAAUUAUAUAUAUUAUUACGUUAUCUUCCUCAUCAGAUUCAAUAUCUCUUAUAGCUCAUAUACCAUCUCCUAAAGAAAGAAAUUUCAUCUUGUAAAAAUUGUGGAAUUCUCUUCCCUAGAGGCUGAAUUACUCUGACUA